AAAUUCUUAACAUAAAUUUAAUUAUUCUCAACUGAAAGUCUAAAAACAAUUAAUUCGUGUAUUCUAAAUUUGACAAAAAAUUUAUUUAAAAAUGGUCAAGGAUGAUAAAAGACAUCUCUUACUACAAUAUACUGCUGCUAUUACAACAUCUAUAACAGCAAUUGGAUUUGUCUGUGGUUAUUGCUGGCCAUCGCCAGCCUUGCCUUUUUUGACUGAAAAAAAUUCGGAAUUUCCGGUAUCGAAACGACAAGGUUCUUGGAUAGCUUCCCUUUACCCAGUCGGAUUAAUAAUUGGAUAUUUAAUAAAUCCACUAUUUAUCAAUCGCAUUGGCCGAAAAGGGACUUUAAUGAUGUACGCCAUUCCACAAAUGGCCUCAUGGCUUCUAAUCAUCCUAGCCAAAAAUCAUAUAAAUUUAUAUAUUGCCAGAAUUAUUGGCGGGAUAGGCUACGGAGGCGGAAUCUCUGCUUCCACAGUCUACGUAUCAGAAAUUGGUGAUAUCAAAAAUCGAGGAGUGUUUCUCGUUUUGAUGAAAUUCUUGAUGAACUUCGGAUUUCUGUUCACCAUGGUCCUGGGAGCAUUCCUGAGUUACAAAAGCAUGAAUCUUGUUCUUCUGAUGAUACCUUUUCUAUUCAUUACAAUUUUCUUCUUCAUGCCGGAUUCCUCACAUUUUUGGGAAAUAAAUCAGAAGAAGGAAGAGGAAGUCCUGAUGAAGUUGAAUCCCUCGAGGAAAGAAGAAAUGAAUUUGAACAAAAAGGAUGGAUCAAAACCCAGCAAUUUUAGAUUCAAAAGUUGUAAUCUGAAAGAUACAGUUCUUUGGAGGCUUUUUGCAGUUUCCAACAGUCGCAGAGCUUUAGAAAUAUUAAGUUUGAUGGGAAUGACAAAUAUUUUGUCUGGACAUUCAGGAAUCACAACUUUCUUGCAGCAAAUUUUCACAUACGAAGGUUCUUUCAUGUCGGCAGAAAAAGCCACGGUUGUACUGACAGGUUCCACGGCAAUUGUUUCAUUGAUAAGUACUCAGUUUGUAGAAAAAAUUGGACGAAAAGUUCUUCUCAUAGUUACCGGAUUAGCCGGCUCAGUUUCAAUAGGACUUGUGGGUAUUUUCUUCUUCUUGAAAGAAAUAAACGUCGAUCUUUCAUUGUGUGAGUGGGUGCCUCUUUUUGGAUUAACUCUUUUUGACGUAACGCUUUCCUGUGGACUGCAAAAUUUAUUUUUUAUUUAUCAAGGGGAACUUUUUCCAAGUGACGUCAAAAGUGGAGCGAUAGCUUUUAAUAAAAUUUCUUAUAUGUCAUUCAGUUUCUUCUUUUUGCUAAUAUUUCAAGAUUUUAUUGACAUAGUGGGAAUUUAUCAAUCAUUUUUUAUUUUUAGUGUGGGCAAUCUUUUGGGUACUUUCGGAAUUUUUAUCCUUACUCCUGAAACUAAAGGAAAAACGCUUGAGGAGAUUCAACAAUUGUUAAAAUUAAGAAAAACAGUUUUGUGCGAUUAUAAUCAGUGAUGUAGUUAUAAAAAAGUGGCCUGGCGGUACCUUACAUAAACUCCGUGACCAAUUGGGGGGGGGGACUAACAUUGGUAACAGGGGGGUACGGAGGAGAGUGGUCCAAAGUCGGCACCGGGACCUUCUCGUCUGAUAAAGUAUAGUUUUAAUUCGGAUUUGUUUCGGGUGCGUAAUAGCACGAAAUGUGUAAAUAUUCGCAGUGGUCCUAAGUCGGCACCAAACAGGUGGUUCUGAUUCAGCACUUUUUUGUUGCUUUUACUGUUAAUUUUGUCAUUUUAUUUUGUUAUUUUUUCUUAUAAUUUGCAAAAAUUUGACUGUUUCACUUUGUGCUGCACUUCAGGGUAAGUAAACCAUUUUAACCCCUUGCUUUCGACAAAAACUAUUACUGUGCCGACUUAGGACCACUCUUCCCUAAGUCAAAAAAAAACAAAGCGAACUUAGAUAAUAUUUUGAAUCUAAACCCAAUGAGAAUAUCCAACAAUAUUUUCGGGUUAGAGUUUUUUAUUGAAAAAGCUAUUAUUUACACUGGGAAACUUAUUUUACUAAUUCCAAUUUACGGAUUUUUAGUUUCGUCAAUCUUUUGGGUAUAUCUGUAUAUCCUUACUCCUGAAACUAAAGGAAAAACACUUGAGGAGAUUCAACAAUUGAUAAAAUUAAGAAAAAUAGUUUUGUGAGUUUAUAAUCUGUGAUGUAGUCCUGAAAGCAAAAGUGGGCUGGCGAUAAUCUCCAGUGGUCCUAAGUCGGCACUGGCACCUUCGCGUUGACAGCAUGAGCAGGGAAUACAUUUUUGGUAUAAACGAAAUUCAAUUUUCUUCCAUUCUUAUAAAGUAUAUUAA